GUGUACAUUUUCUUUGGAAAUACUAAGCAACAGAGAAGCAUUGUGUUGUUCGAUGUUGGGCACCGCUCAGUAGAAUAACUUUCGAGUGGAAACCCUCUGUGUCAUCAGGAUAACGAGGAUCCUCACCACGCCAAACAACUACCUUGACUACAUUGCCAAAAAUCGGAAAGAAGAACAGUUUUUCAUUAAGUUGGCCAGUUGUACGAGUGCCUUGGCCUUACAUAAAUUUGAAGUGUAGGGUGAUGAGCUUGGCAGGCCCGCAGACGGCAAGAAUGUUCUCUGAGAGAGGUGACUAGGACGGGGUGGACAAAGCUGAUGGCAGCAUUGGUAAAGCGGUGUGACAGAAGGAGGAAUCCGUCUCGAAAAGACCAUAAGAUGUGCUUGAAGGUGAACGCAUGAAAACAAUUAAGCCUUGCUUUUCACGCAGACUUAAGUAGAACCAAACCGCAGCAAGGGCUUUUAAGCGUUUCGAAUAAACGACACGUGUAUGGUUCAUUAUAUCUGCCAUAACUCGUCAGUGCCUUUAUUGAAUUUUCGUAUUUCUCGGAGUGAAGGAACGUGGACGGAUCAGUCGAUUUCGGCGAGAAACACGGUUUUUAAAGCAAGCUCCUGCAUUGCAAAAUCCGUGAGGAAGCAUAUGCGCACACAAUGUCUAAUUUGAACUGGAAGCCUUUUGUGUAUGGAGGCUUGGCUUCUGUGACUGCAGAGUGUGGAACCUUCCCCAUUGACCUCACUAAAACGCGCUUGCAGGUCCAAGGCCAGGUCAGCGACAGUAAGUACCGAGAGAUUCGGUACCGAGGAAUGCUCCAUGCUUUUGUCCGGAUAUGCAGAGAGGAAGGCCUCAGGGCACUAUACUCAGGGAUUGCUCCUGCGAUGCUCCGGCAGGCUUCCUAUGGCACCAUCAAGAUUGGCACGUACCAGAGCUUCAAACGAUUGUUUGUGGACAGGCCAGAAGAUGAGACACUGGUGAUGAACAUGCUGUGUGGCGUUCUGUCUGGAGUGAUCUCAUCCUCAAUUGCUAACCCCACCGACGUGCUCAAGAUCCGAAUGCAAGCCCAAGGAAGCGUGGUCCAGGGAGGAAUGAUCGGAAACUUUAUCAAUAUCUAUCAGCAGGAAGGAACCCGAGGUCUCUGGAAAGGGGUUUCCUUGACCGCUCAGAGAGCUGCCAUUGUGGUGGGCGUGGAGCUGCCAGUGUACGACCUCACCAAGAAGCACCUGAUCCUGUCUGGCUACAUGGGGGACACCGUCUACACACACUUUGUGUCAAGCUUUGUGUGUGGGCUGGCAGGAGCCCUGGCAUCCAAUCCUGUCGAUGUUGUACGGACCCGCAUGAUGAACCAGCGAGUGCUUCUUGACGGAACGUGUUCAGGCUACAAGGGCACACUGGACUGCCUAGUGCAGACAUCGAGGUCAGAAGGUUUCUUUGCACUAUAUAAAGGAUUUUUUCCUAACUGGCUGAGACUGGGUCCUUGGAAUAUCAUUUUCUUCAUAACGUAUGAGCAGCUGAAGAAGAUUGAGGUCUGACUCUGUGUCGGGAAGUUUGAAUAACACCUCAAAACUGUUGGCUCCUGAUGCCAAAGAUUUUGCUUUUUCCAUCUUGUCUGGACUUCCACACCUGGAUGUAUGUACCUCUGACCAUGUUAGUCAACAGUGUAUGUUGCCCAACGUGGAUGGAUUGUCUCUAAACAGAUGGAAAUGGUUGGAAGUGAUGGUGACUUCUUGGGGCCAAAACAUGGGUCUGUUCAUUCAGUCGCCUUAAAAGAUGUUAUUCGGAAAGCUGGAUUAUGGUGAAGUGUAGACGCAGAGAAUGCAGUUUUGAACAUUUGUAUAUACAGUAUUUGUAAAGAGAUGUGUGAAGAGAUAAAUCCCUUAAAUGUGUUGUAAUUUACCAUAUGGAAACAUGGUAAAUGAAAGUAGGGUUGUCCUAAAAAAGUCCUUGGCAAUGUAACCGCACACUAUGUGGAUCACAAAAUGAAUUGUAAUGUAUUAAUUGUUACACAUAAAUAUAUGAUAAUUCAGACCCAUAUCUUUCAAUACCCGUAUCUCUGGGAACAUACUUUUUAUUUUAUUUUAAUUUAUCUUCUUUUAGUUUAUAUGGUACAUGUUUCAUGUUAGGAGAGGAUAUUAAGGGUUACCUAGGGCAACAUGUGCAGUUUUUGUAUUCAGUUAACAGGUUCCUUUGCAAUUCUAGGCAUUUAUUUUCAAAACUUCAACACACAUUUGCCAUAGUGGAUGUGGCUAUGAUUCAUUUUUUAUCAUGUUUAUUCUGGGCUCAUAAGGAAAAACAAAACUGUUCAAAAUAUGUUAUAAUGUGGGUGGUAUGCAGAUGUGUAAGUGUCAAAUUAUGUAACUAUUAUAAAUAUUUCAAGACUGCUGACCAUAUAGGAUUUAUUCCAGGCUUGAAUUCUGAUUUGGGACCCAAGAUGGACCUUUAAAUUAUUGAAAAGGAAUUAGGAAUUACUUCUGUUGACUGUGUAAAGCCAGGACAAGUAGAAGUGACCUUUUUGUCCCUAGAGGAAUUGCAUAUAAAGAUUUUUUGGAAGUUUAAUGUAGUUUAGGAUCAUAAAUGGCUGCCAUCCAAAUCUAAUUUGCACUAAGAGUUGUCAGGUCUGAAAAAGUAAUCUGCUUAAUCAUUUUGAAUCAAUCCUAUACCUCAAAAGCACCAGGCACUUUGAAUGCAUAAUAUCUGCCCUAGCUAGUUAUACAGUACAUCAUACAGGGGCUGGUUAAUGUCCCUGUACUGACUAGUAGUCAGAGCUGGUGAUAUCUUAGCUUUUCUUUUGCCUGUGUACGUGUACAUUAGUUACACUGGCAGCAGGCUAUUAGAAGAGGACUAGUGUUUGCCUUUCUUUGGCUGCUUUCUUACAAUGACAUUAAACUGUAUUCAUGUUAAUGACCAAAGAGAAGGGCUUUCUUCAUUUUGGUUUGCUAUAAUGACUUUGCAGCACAGUGUAAUAAUAUCAGGUGUAUGACGAUUCAUUUUUCAGUUAAUUUGAGCCAGCAAAAACACCAAGCUAAAACCUUUUCAAACAUUCACUGUGUAAUAAUUCUGGAAUUGACACAUUGUAUAUCUGGCUGGUCUUCUUCAGGUAGCUGUGUUAAUUCAAUAAUAGAGUUAAAUAUUUAUAAUCUGGCGAGUGGGUUCAUCCUUAUAUAUAUGGACGUCCAAUGUGUAUUAAUGUCUUUUGAUUGCAUAGUGUUAUUAUUUCCAACAAGCAGAAAAGAACCUGCUAGUCUCCGCAGACACCUAUUUUUAUUUUAAGUUAGCGAUACAUAGGUAAAGGAAUCUGGUGCCAAAAAGAUGCAGUUUAUAUCAGUAUUUUUAGUUACUUUUUGUAUUGGUGACUCUGUAUUGGACUUGCUUUAUCGCUCAUGACGAUUACCUAGUGUUAUGAAUUUUGAAGUGUUCCGGCAGAGAGAGGUUCUGAAAAGACCUGGACAACUUGUUUGCUGGUCGUAAAUGGGGCGUUGGGCCACAGAUGUGAUCGCUUAUGGUCCACCACCCAUCUGUCACGGAGUCAUUUAAACUUCAGAUGUCUGUCCUAAAGUCGUUUUUACUUGAAUAGCUGUCAUGCAGAGUUGGAAUCUAAGGAGAAACUACAAAGGAAAUUUACUCAGUAAGUAGUAGGUUUUUCAACAAGAAAUAUUUUUUUACAAAAAGUAAUCUACCUUUUUUAAUUAUAAAAAAAGCUCCUGUAAAACAUACAUAUGAACAAAGGAUUUUUUUUUCUGUUUUUUUAAUAGCUGUUACAAGCAUUACAGCAUUGAGGGCUAUGUUUAGCAAAGACUUUGAACUUAAGUACAACGUGCACUAUAUUUUUGGGCAUAUAUCAUUCACUACAGUGAAUGGAAACGUGAUAGAACUGUUUAUGCAUACUGUAUGUUGUCGUGUUCACAUUUAUGAAUAAGCUGCACAAUUUCUUCUGGAAGUUGUUAGGAGAUAGUGAGUUGUGUAUCAAGGCAAUGCUAGGAGAGGAGCUGAAGUUGUAGAUAUUACACUCAAUAUAUCAAAUGUACCUACAGUAUAUAUAAAAAUGAAUAUGGAUAAUUGCCAAUUCCAGACAGGCAUUUUUUUUGUUAAAAUCAUGACAAAGUAAAAAUAUCUCAAGGCAGAUUAAAAGAAGAGAAGGGUUAUUGUGUUGUCAGACUGUUACUUUUGCCCUCUAAAAAUAAUCACAAUGAUAAGUGAAGUGUAUUGUUUGAUAAACACCUGGAAUGAAAUAACAAUACUUAUUUUUUCCACACUGUUAUAGUACCAGGAGUGUGCACCUGAAAUCUGAUCAAACAUAACUUACAAAAUGGGAUUCAGCCAAUGAACUUGCCUCCUGACACUUUCAUUUAAUGGUUACCAAAUGAAAUUCUAAAGCAUUUUUCUCCGCUUUGACCUCUGAAAGCUUUUAAGUUUGUAAAGCUUGUUCACUUAAUGGAAUUAUUCCUUCAGACAAACUGUGCACACUCAAACGUUUUUCUCUUCAUGCUUUGUGAGUUUAUAAAAACCUGUUUUGCAGUUGUAAAAGUGUGGCCAGAGAGAAUUAUGGUACUUGGUGUAUCUCGCGCUUUUGGCAGUAAUGAACACAUUCACAGCAGUUCUUUUAUGAGUAUACUUCAUGUAAUUCCUCUGAACCUCUGAAAAUGUAAAAUAAAUAUUUUAAUAAAGCAGUAUCUCAUUUCACCUACAUUUAUUAUUGAUAACAAUGUAUAGUGUUUGUUUUAUAACUAAGCUUUUUCAAGAUUAUUGCCAUUGACAACAGAAUUUGCUGUUUACUAUUAAAACAGUGGGGAUUAGAAAAAAACAGAAAUCUAAACAUCGCACUGUGAAAGGACCAAAAACUUCAACUAGUCCUGUUUGAGAGGUUUUAUUUUUGUACUAACAUUCCAGGUACACUUCUCCUGCACUGCCUUCAAUAUAUGCACAAUGAGUAUGCCUUCUCUAUGAUAUUCUUUUAUGUAUACUCCCACUCUUUUAGAUAAGCUGUAAAUUGGGAGGGGUAUUUAUUUACCUGCAUUGUAAAUAAUGCAAUCCAUUGGUGUGGAAAAAAGGGGAUAUUUCAUAGUUAUCUUUGUGAAAGUGUUCCAUAGAAUGAUUUGUCUCUAAGCUGCACAUUCUCUGGAAUUCAGAGUAGGAAGAUGAGAAUCUCAAUGAAAUGUGCAGUUUUGCAUUCAGUAAUAUAAGUACUGCUGUAGUGAACAUGUGAUGAAUGAACUGGUCUUAUGUAUUUGCAUAGUGUACACUGUAAUAUGUUUUAUAAAGCAUUUCAUGGUAUUAUUUAGCAUUUGCCAAAAUCACAAAAGUGCAGUAAAUAAAAAAGCAUAUUGAAACAUG